GGCAGCAGGAGCAGAGAGCAGCCAUUGCUGUGUCUGGCAGCAGAGGUGUGAAGAAGACAUCUGGUGAGCGUGAGACACCCAGCAGCCAUGCUCAUGUGUCAGGAGGACUGAGCAGGUCCCAGAGCACCAUCAUGGUGCCUCCACCUCACUCACUGAUACAUGAGAGACACAGUGACCAGAAGAUCCAGGAACUCACUAACAAGAUCAUUCAGGUGCUGACUGGAGAGGAGGGGAAGUAUAUUGAGGAACACAGGGGUCUGUACAAGGACGUGAUGAUGGAGAAUCACCGGCCCCUCACAUCACUGGAUGGGCCCAGUAACAGAGAUACCCCAGAGAGAUGUCCCCGUCCUCUGUAUUCCCAGGAUUGUACAGAGGAGAAUCACAGGAUCCCACAGGAGGAACAGGUAGAACGUCUGUCUGAUAUUAAAACAGAAGACAUAGAAGAAGAAGAAGUGACUGAUAUAAAGGUAGAAGAUAUAGAGGGAGAUGAAGAGACGUAUGUGACUGAUAUAAAGGCAGAAGAUACAGAGGGAAAAGAAGAGACGUAUGUGACUGAUAUGAAGGCAGAAGAUAUAGAGGGAAAAGAAGAGACGUAUGUGACUGUUAUUAAGGCAGAAGAUAUAGAGGGAGAAGAAGAGACGUAUGUGACUGUUAUAAAGGCAGAAGAUAUAGAGGAAGAAGACGAGACGUAUGUGAAGGGUGAUCAGCAGUGUAAGGAGGAGGAAAUCCCUACAGAUAUCAGCACAGAUGGACACACAAGCAGGAAUAUCUCAGAAGGACAUCUAAUGUUAUCCCUGGAUUCUGAAAUAACCGAUAACGACAGUAGACCGGAUUCUCCAGGAGAUAACCCCAUUACCCCAAUGAUACAUCCAGCUCUAUCAGCUGGUCCUUCUGAUCCUGGGAAGUGUUCUCCUGAUCACUCUGAUAUUGGUGCAUCUGUUACAGCUCUGACAGUAGAUACAGUGUUUCCCUGUUCUAUAGAUGCCAAAUGUUUUACACAGAACACAAAGCCUAUUAACCCACACACAGGUAAGGCAGGUGGAAGGCCGCUGAUAUGUUCAGAGUGUGGGAAAUGUUUUACAUACAAAUCACAUCUUGUUAUACAUCAGAGAAGUCACACAGGUGAGAGGCCACUGACAUGUUCUGAGUGUGGGAAAUGUUUUGCACGGAAAUCACAUCUUGUUAUGCAUCAGAGAAGUCACACAGGUGAGAAGCCGUUUCCAUGUUCUGAGUGUGGGAAAUGUUUUACACGCAAAUCAGAUCUUGUUAAACAUCAGCAAAGUCACACAGGUGAGAAGCCGUUUCCAUGUUCUGAGUGUGGGAAAUGUUUUACACGCAAAUCAGAUCUUGUUAAACAUCAGCAAAGUCACACAGGUGAGAAGCCGUUUCCAUGUUCUGAGUGUGGGAAAUGUUUUGCACACAAACUAUAUCUUGUUAGACAUCAGAGGAGACACACAGGUGUGAAGCCAUUUUCUUGCUCUGAGUGUGGGAAAUGUUUUACACAGAAAUCACAACUUGUUACACAUCAGCAAAUUCACACAGGUGAGAAUCUGUUUUCUUGCUCUGAGUGUACGAAAUAUUUUACACGGAAAUCAGAUCUUAUUACACAUCAGCGAAGUCACACUGGUGAGCAGCCAUUUCCAUGUUCUGAGUGUGGGAAAUGUUUUGCAGACAAAUCAAAUCUUACUAAACAUGAAAGAAGUCACACAGGUGAGAAGACAUUUUCAUGCUCCGAGUGUGGGAAAUGUUUUACAUGGAAAUCACAACUUGUUACACAUCAGCAAAGUCACACAGGUGAGAAGCCAUUUCCAUGUUCUGAGUGUGGGAAAUGUUUUGCACACAAACCAGAUCUUGUUAGACAUCAGAGAAAUCACACAGGUGAGAAGCAAUUUUCUUGCUCUGAGUGUGGGAAAUGUUGUUUAAGUAAAUCACAUCUUGUUACACAUCAGAGAAGUCACACAGGUGUGAAGCCAUUUUCUUGCUCUGAGUGUGGGAAAUGUUUUACACAGAAAUCACAACUUUUUACACAUCAGCGAAGUCACACAGGUGUGAAGCCAUUUUCUUGCUGUGAGUGUGGGAAAUGUUUUACACGGAAAUCAAAUCUGGUUAGACAUAACAGAAGUCACACAGGUGAGAAGCCAUUUUCUUGCUCUGAGUGUGGGAAAUGUUUUACACAGAAAUCACAUCUUGUUAUACAUCAGAGGAGUCACACAGGUGAGAAUCUGUUUUCUUGCUCUGAGUGUACGAAAUGUUUUACACGGAAAUCAGAUCUUAUUACACAUCAGCGAAGUCACACUGGUGAGAAGCCAUUUCCAUGUUCUGAGUGUGGGAAAUGUUUUGCAGACAAAUCAAAUCUUACUAAACAUGAAAGAAGUCACACAGGUGAGAAGACAUUUUCAUGCUCCGAGUGUGGGAAAUGUUUUACACGGAAAUCACAUCUUGUUUCCCAUCAGCAAAGUCACACAGGUGAGAAGCCAUUUCCAUGUUCUGAGUGUGGGAAAUGUUUUGCACACAAACCAGAUCUUGUUAGACAUCAGCAAUGUCACACAGGUGAGAAGCAAUUUUCUUGCUCUGAGUGUGGGAAAUGUUGUUUAAGUAAAUCAGAUCUUGUUAGACAUCAGAGAAGUCACACAGGUGAGAAGCCAUUUUCUUGCUCUGAGUGUGGGAAAUGUUUUGCAUGGAAAUCAGAUCUUGUUAAACAUCAGAGAGGUCACACAGGUGAGAGGCCAUUUCCAUGUUCUGAGUGUGGGAAAUGUUUUGCACGGAAAUCAGUUCUUGUUAUACAUCAGAGAAGUCACACAAGUGAGAAGCCAUUUCCAUGUUCUGAGUGCGGGAAAUGUUUUGCACACAAAUCAGAUCUGGUUAGACAUAACAGAAGUCACACAGGUGUGAAUACAUUUUCUUGCUCUGAGUGCGGGAAAUGUUUUGCACACAAAUCAGAUCUGGUUAGACAUAACAGAAGUCACACAGGUGAGAAGCCAUUUUCUUGCUCUGAGUGUGGGAAAUGUUUUGCAUGGAAAUCAGAUCUUGUUAAACAUCAGAGAAGUCACACAGGUGAGAAUCAAUUUUCUUGCUCUGAGUGUGGGAAAUGUUGUUUAAGUAAAUCAGAUCUUGUUAGACAUCAGAGAAGUCAUACAGGUGAGAGGCUAUUUCCAUGUUCUGAGUGUGGGAAAUGUUUUGCACGGAAAUCAGUUCUUGUUAUACAUCAGAGAAGUCACAAAGGUGAGAAGCCAUUUCCAUGUUUUGAGUGUGGGAAAUGUUUUGCACACAAAUCAGAUCUGGUUAGACAUAACAAGUCACACAGGUGUGAAGCCAUUUUCUUGCUCUGAGUGCGGGAAAUGUUUUACACAGAAAUCACAUCUUGUUACACAUCAGCGAAGUCACACAGGCAUUUCCAUACUCUGAGAAAUAAGCUUUUGUUGCACACAAUAGACCACGCAGGUGAGAAACCAUUUUGAUCUUCUUGAGUAUACUUAUCAUUGCCAUGUAAUGUUCCUCAAGAUUCUGUCCUAUCUCUUAUGCUUUUUGCAAUAUACAUACAACAGGUCCUUCUGAUAGAAGCUCACCAACAAAGGGCAGGGCUACAGCUCAGCUUUGCAAACCAAACAGACUUAAGCUUGGGGGUUCAGAGUAACAAAAUGCUGAUCAUGUGCGGAAUCUUGGGGGUAAAUUUACUAAGAUGUGAGUUCUAUUUAAGAUGGGAUGUUGCCAAUAGCAACCAAUCAGAUUUCAGGUAUUAUCUUCUAUAAGGUGCUAGAUAAAUGAGAAGUAGAAUCUGAUUGGUUGCCAUGGGCAACAUCCCAUCUUAAAUAGAACUCCCAUCUUAGUAAAUUUCCCCCUUGGUGUCCUGGAUGGUGGAGUGAUACUUGGGGGGUAUUCAACUGUUUGAAAAGUCAGGUGUUUGUUUUUUCCUAUCUACUAGACCGGAAAAAACACCCCCAACCAACUUUUCAAACAGUUGACUUCCACGCUUAGACAUCAAAUAUCAGCCACAAUCAGAUCCUCAUCUGAGGAACAUAGCCAGACUCCAGCACUUAUUUCCCUCAGAAGAUCUACCUACAGUCAUACAUGUAUUUUUUAUCUUCACACAUAGACUACUGCAAUGUCCUCUACCUGGGUCUCCCAGCAAAAGAAUUGCACCGCUUGUAGCUUGUACAGAAUGCAGCAGCCAGGCUGUUACCUAACCAGCCCGUUCCUGCCACAUAACACCCAUUCUCUGCUCCCUUCACCGGCUGCCUGUAAGAUGGUGACUCUAUUACAUAAUCUUACUGACUCUCCCAGCCCUACAUGACCAGGGUCCAAGGUACCAGAAGCAGCGCCCUGUUCGGUUCCAUCUGCAGAUGAAGGACUGUAACUAGCAGUAUCAAUUCCCCAAGCAGUGCUGAGAUGUCGGGUAGGCGGCACCUUUGCAUUAGUGGGGGCUGCUGGAGCAGUGUCUACAUAGGUAAUAUUGUCUCCAAGCAGCGCUGAGGUGUCAGGGGAGACAGGGCGGAUGGCUGCAGUGCGGUACCAGGGGCUGCUGGAGGCAGUGUCUAUGUGGGUAAUCAUGUCCCAAAAAAGAGCUAAGGUGUCAGGGAGACAGCGGGUGGCAGUAGUGGAAGGAGACAGGGUGGUGGCAGUAGAGGGGUAGACAGGGCAAGUGACCGUAGUGGGGGGAUACAGGGCGGUGGCAGUAGUGUGAGAAGAUGGGGUAGUGGGAGGAGACAGGGCAGGUGGUAGUAGUGGGGGAGACGGCGAGUGGUAGUAGUGGGGGGGAGACAGGGCGGAUGGCCGCAGUGCAGUACCAGGGGCUGCUGGAGGCAGUAAAGAGGUGUAUGGGUCUCGCAUAGAAUCAGUUGAUAAUUAGACUUAAUGAUGAUUAUGCUUCCUUAUUUCUAAUUAAUCCCUUGUAUGUGUUACUGUUAUUUGCUGUGUCAGCCUUUAUGUGUGUUCUGUGUAAUAAUCCUGAAAGUAGUGCUGCUACCGAUCUCAUAUCAUUUGUAGUAACUUGGAAAAGAUGAGAUAUGAGGUGCACUCUGGAAGCUUAUAGGGGGUUAAUCAGAGAUGAACGCAGAUGUGACAUCAUGCAGCCCCUGAAAAAUGGUCCUAGCCCACCCGCGUUAACCCCUCAGGGAUGUGACCGCAAUGUGUGCAUGUAUAUAUUACCACCACCAGCAAACUGUUGCGAGACGCUAUUGCGGCUGGUUCUGAAUGACCCCCAUAGGCUGUUGUGCAGAGUAAAGUAUUUUUUAAGUUUAAAAUAUAGAGAAAAAUCUGUGUAUUAAAAAUAUGAAAUAAAGUUGUUUAAAAACAAAA